CCCUCUUUCGUCACCGCAGCGAUGGAUAUCCUAUAGCAUGAACCUUCCCGAAAAAAACAUCAAAUAAUAGAAAAAGAUAUACACGGGAAUAAACAGAGAAAAAGGCAAUGAGCGUCCCUCAACUCUCCACCCAGCUCACCGAAGCACCAACCCACUUCCCAAAUUGUUGUCUAUCAAUCUCCAGCACCCUAAUAGCCCACCUAGCAUGGCUCCUCCCUAAAAGGCCCGCGUUCACCCUAUCAAUAGGUUGUGGAUCCGGUCUCCUUGAAGCUCUAAUACUACAUAACCACCCCAACGUCCAACUCACCGGAAUAGAAGUCUCCACAUCAGUCAACCGCUACCUUGCAGAAGAGGACUUCGACGUGGUCAGCGGGACUUGGGAUCUGUAUGCGCGUGCGCCGCAGACGGCAGCAUGGAUGUUUGUUUACCCGCGUGAACCGAAGCUGGUUAGCAAGUAUAUUGAAAAGUAUGGUGAGGGACCUGAGUCGUCAGUGCAGAUGAUUCUGUGGUUAGGACCUCGCGCGGAUUGGACCGAUUAUGAGCCGUGCUUUCGCAACUCGUCAUUCUCGGAUGUGUGUAUCCCUGAGGAUGUGGGAAUGAUGGGGUUUGAGAUGUUGGCUGUUAUGCGCAGGAGGUAGCGGUGUGUUUGAUGUUGGAAGGAGAAUUAUUAUUUAUCACCAGUGUAUACAUCUGUUUGGGUCGUCGGACAGGGCCCGCGAGAUAUACAAUUUCCUGGCUGGUAGCAGGAUGGGUUAGGCGACAGGAUCUGCGGAAGAUGCAAGAGGUUCGCUGAUCCUUACUACUACUCCUGUUGCUGCUGCUGCUACCAUCUGAUAUCCGGUCGGUCAUCCAAGGGAUCUUAGCAGCGUCAUCAUAUUUCCAAGCCUUGAUAUACUAUAUGUCACUAUCAUAUUCAAGACAUGAAAAGCUUCGAACUCAAUGAACUAGUAGGAGUAGGAGUCCGUC